AUGGAAGCAAUCACUCCUGAGAAGCAGAAAGCCAAUCUUUGGCUGGCAUCAGCCAUUGCUGGCCUCGCAUUCCAUGCAUGCCUCCAAUUCUCGGAUAUUCUCGAUGUUCUUAUCUGGCAAAUGAUCACUGGCUCGGUUAUUGCGGCAGCGAGCAUCUUCUACAUCGACAUCAAAGUGUUCCAAUCGAGCCCCCUGGAUGCUGCCAAAGACCUCGCAGUCUCCGCAACUGGCUUCACCCUGAGCCUGACCACCUCUAUUCUUAUCUACCGCGCCUUCUUCCACCGGCUGCGACGCUUCCCCGGACCGUUCCCUGCAAGACUGACCAAACUAUGGAGCGUAUAUAAAUCUGCAAAGUCAAUGAAGUACUUCCUCGUGCUCGAGGAUGUGCACAAGAAGUACGGUGAUGUUGUUCGGACGGGCCCCCGUGAGCUCUCCGUCACCCGUGUGUCCGCUCUGCCGCAAAUCACCGCAUGCCGCAAGACAGUCUUCUACCAGCAGAGCCACUGGAAGCAAUCAGAGCUGGGCAUGCUCGAAACCAGAGAUCUCGAGGACCACCGCAGACGCAGAAAGCCGUGGGAGAAGGGUCUCGGCUUGACAGAAAUCGCCAGAUACGACGCCGCCAUGCAAGACACGAUCGGCGUCUUCCUCGACCAAAUCGCAUGCGAGCGGGGCCAGCGCAUCAACAUCACCGAGUGGAUCGCCAUGCUCGCCUACGACAUCAUGGGCGUCGUCAGCUUCGGCAAGGACUUCGGCAGCCUGCGCGCCGCCAAGGAGGUCCACGCCAUCAAGCAGCUGCGCGACACGAUGCGUUCGCUCGGCCUCCUGUUCUCCGUGCCGUGGGUCAUCAACUUCUUCUCCAACAUGCCCGGCUUGGGAGGCGCCAUGGGGCCGUUUGGCGCGUACUGCAAGCGUUUGGUAAGCGAGAAGAGGAAGAUGCUUAUGGAGAAGAAGGUGGAGACGACGACGCCAGCGGAUGUCAUGUCUUGGCUUAUCCAGGCGUUCGAGGAGGGUGGUCCUACGGGCGCGCCGACGCUGGCGGCGCUGCACGCGGAUGGUCGUGCACUCGUUAUUGCUGGAUCGGACACAACAUAUGGAGCACUCACCAACGCCUUGUUCCACCUCGCCUCCAACCCGGCCAUAUACGCAAAACUGCAGGCAGAAGUCGACUCCGUCUGCCCGGACGGCGAAGCCUCGUUCAGCCACGAAAAGGUCAAGAACCUCCCGCUGCUGGACGGCGUCAUCAACGAGACGUUGCGCCUGAAGCCGCCCGUCCCCAACGGCACCCCGCGCCUCACGCCCCCGGAGGGCUUGCAGAUCGACGACGACCUGUACAUUCCCGGAAACGUGCACGUCGUAAUGCCGCCGUGGGUCAUGCACAGGGACGAACGCUAUUUCGAGAAGCCGCUCGAGUUUAUCCCCGAGCGCUGGAUCCUCGGCGGAGAGAAGGCGGGCAUGAUUAAGGACAGGAAUGCCUUCUUCCCCUUCCAGAUCGGAAUGUUCCACUGCGCUGGUAAGCAGCUAGCAUAUUGGGAGAUGAGGAGUGUGCUUGCGAGGCUGGCCUUGCGGUACAAUAUAAGGUUCGCCUCGGCGCAGGAUGGGAAGGACUACGAGUCGAAGCUGUUCAACACUGUAACGCUGUCCCCGCCACCCUUGGGUAUGUGCUUCCGACCGAGAAAGGAAGCAAAGGCUUGA